GUCACUGCUCAUGCGCAGAUCCUGCUUUGAUCCUGACUCUGAACGAAGUCCGCCUGUCCUGACCUCGGCUAUUCCUGACCACUCUUCCGCUCGCUCCUGGUACCCUGUUUGCCCGUUAGCUACCGACCCGGCCCGCCUGACUACGUUGUGCUCCAUAUAUAUAUAUAUAUAUAUAUAUAUAUAUCAGUUUAGGUUUGGGUUUGUUUCACCUUGUUGUAUGUAGUUGUUGGUUAAUAAAUUAUCUUGUUUACACGCUAUACCUGAA